AUGUUGAGAUUGAUAUUGAAGGAUGUGCCUUUUGAGAGUCAACAUGUACCAGAAUCUCAACCAAUUCCAAAUGGAUUUAAUGGAAUUGAUGAAAACCAGGAGGAAAGUGACUAUGAAGAUGGAGUUGAUGAAACACAGGACGAAAAGGCUAAUGAAGAUGGAGUUGAUGCAACACAGGAGGAUACUAAUGAAGAUGGAACUGAUGAUGAUGAAGAGGGAGUUGAUGAUACUCAAGUUAGGUCGAUGAACCUCCUGUCAGGGUUUGUUGGCAUCCAUGAUGUCCACUUACCAACGGGGUAUUCACAAAAGCAUGUUGCCCUUAAUGCUUGCCUUCUUGAUCAGAUAUUGCUCCUACUUCCCACUCAGCUUGAAGAUGCCAUUUUUUUUGGCAAAAAUUUGUCUGGUGGGGUUAUAAGAGCAAAAUAUCGACUAGGAGCAUUCAUUUAA